UUUAAAGAGGGAUGUCUGAAUGGGUGGUGUCUGCUCGUUUCGAGGUCGCGGUAGCCAGGUGAACGCUGGCUCGAUCCUUGAUCGUGUGAUCAGUCAAGCGAGCGACGAGGAUCAAUGUCUAUUGUAUCGUCUGGCCAAUUACAAAAAAGGUGGCGAGCUGAUCGAGUCGUACAAUCAAGGUGGCCAGUUCGAGGUAGAAAAAUUGAUCAGGGAACAGUUCGGUGUAUUGAUGUAUGCGGACGGCAAGGGCCAGGUGAUCAAUCGUGCCGAGUAUCUACGUUGGAAAUUCCGAGACCUCGAGCAAGUUGUGCUUCCUAUCGAGGCUUCUUUGUCACAGUUCGAUCCUUUGGCUCAAUGGAACGAUCACGAAGCGUGCUGGCAAAUGCAGUACAGAGGUUCGCUGGGAGAGACUCUCCUGCAUGUUCUGAUUAUAUGCGAUACCAGGAUACACACACGAGUGGCGCGUAUUCUGCUCAAGUGCUUUCCACGAUUGGCCAUUGACGUAGUCGAGGGUGAGGAGUACCUUGGCGCUAGCGCGCUCCAUCUAGCGAUCGCGUACAACAAUAAUGAACUGGUGCAAGACCUCGUUGAGGCGGGAGCGAUCAUUUCUCAGCGGGCGAUAGGCAGCUUUUUCCUACCCAGGGACCAACAACGAAUGAAUCCGGCUAAGAAUACGGAUUACGAGGGAUUAGCUUAUCUGGGGGAAUAUCCCCUCGCCUGGGCCGCUUGUUGUGCAAACGAGAGCGUUUACAACUUAUUACUCGAUUCUGGCGCUGAUCCCGACGAGCAAGACUCUUUCGGAAACAUGAUAUUGCAUAUGGUCGUGGUUUGUGAUAAAUUGGACAUGUUCGGAUAUGCUCUCCGUCAUCCGAAGCUUCCUGCUCGCAAUGGGAUUGUGAAUGCUGCCGGACUGACCCCAUUGACGCUCGCCUGCCAGCUGGGCCGUGCUGAGGUCUUUCGGGAGAUGUUGGAACUGUCCGCACGAGAAUUCUGGCGCUACAGUAACAUCACCUGCUCGGCGUAUCCUCUGAAUGCGCUCGACACGCUGUUGCCCGAUGGCAGAACAAACUGGAACUCGGCGCUAUUUAUCAUUCUGAACGGUACGAAGGAGGAGCACUUGGACAUGCUGGACGGUGGUAUUAUUCAGCGAUUACUCGAGGAAAAAUGGAAGACCUUUGCGCGGUUGCAGUUCUUAAAACGACUGAUCAUCUUGGCAUUCCAUCUGACGUCCUUGUCGCUGGCAGUGUACCUGAGACCUUCCAACACAGAUGCUCAGCUCUUGAAAUGGCCGGAAGAAAUCACGGAAGUCGCACGCACGAUCGCCGAGUGCAUCACGGUGCUGGGCGUGCUCAGUUACAUUCUGGUCCAACUAGGCGGUGAGAUCAUCAACAUUGGUCUCUUGUCCUUCAUGAAACAGUUGAGUCACGAGCCCGCCAAGCUCAUAUUCUUGAUCAGCAACCUGCUCAUACUCGCGUGCAUUCCAUGUCGUCUUGCCGGUAAUAGGCAUGCGGAAGACGCGAUUCUCGUAGUCGCUGUGCCCGGCUCUUGGUUCCUUCUCAUGUUCUUUGCUGGGGCUAUCCGGCUGACCGGUCCAUUCGUCACCAUGGUGUACAGCAUGAUAACGGGAGACAUGUUGACCUUCGGUAUAAUAUACAUGGUGGUGCUGUUCGGCUUCUGCCAGUCGUUCUACUUUUUGUACAAAGGAUUCCCGGGAGUGAAAUCAUCCCUCUACAGUUCCUAUCACUCGACCUGGAUGGCAUUGUUUCAGAUAACCCUUGGCGAUUACAACUACACGGAUCUCAGCUACACGACCUAUCCUAAUUUAUCGAAGAUGGUGUUCGCCAUAUUUAUGGUACUGGUGCCUAUACUAUUGUUGAACAUGCUAAUCGCCAUGAUGGGCAACACAUACGCUCAUGUGAUCGAGCAGAGUGAAAAGGAGUGGGUGAAACAAUGGGCGAAAAUCGUGGUUUCUCUGGAACGUGCAGUCUCACAGAAGGAUGCACAGAAUUAUUUGCAAGAAUAUAGCAUUAAAUUGGGACCUGGAGAUGACCCAAACAAUCCUGCCUCGGAGCAGCGAGGAGUUCUGAUUAUUAAAAGUAAAUCGAAAACCAAGGCGAAGCAACGCAAAGGCGCGGUAGUUAAUUGGAAGCGUGUGGGCAAAGUGACGAUAAACGAAUUGAAAAAACGUGGCUUAACAGGAGAGGAAUUACGACGAAUUAUGUGGGGACGAGCUUCUUUUUCUACACCUGUCAGAGUAAGUCCAAAAGGGGUUAAGCCUCAAGUUUCUGUGGUGACCGCCGGUUUCGGGGACGCGUUGACCACAGCUUUGGAUGUCAUGACGUUCGCUCAUGAUCUCGACUUGUCCACCGCAACGGAAGGAAUUCCAACCAACAUCGAUGCCAAGCAGUCGAAACCAAAGAGUGCUACCAAGGAGCAGACGAAAUCGACGGUGAAUAAUCAGCAGAACGUGACGACGAACAUAGAACCGUUGAAAUCGACAACGGAAAAUGUGGACGACCAGACGAACAAUUCUAGGGAAAAAAAAGUAACUAGCCAGGCUGCAGCCGUACACGAGAUGAAUUUGAAGAAUGCGAAUCAUUCGAGCGUGACCGAGGAUUUUCAGGAUCCGCUUUUGGAACUUGUGAUUGCUUCCGAAAAUACGAACGAUCCCGAAACCCUGCUCGAAAUAGCGAAACGUGCCGCUGCGGGCUUCGAAACAGAAACCAGCUCUAAAAUAAAUCUUCAAAUUUUAGAACAAUUCACGAUGACGAAGAUACCUAUGGAGGAGAAGGUCAACGUUACGAGAAAACAAUAUUUCGUCGAGUCGAGUGAUAAUGACUUUGGAGGCGACAACUUGCUCGGGACUGAGGCCCGUCUACGUAGAAUAAGAUCAGCGAACAACAGAUUUAUCACGACACGUAGACGGUCACGGAACGUCGACGACGACCUGUCAUCCACAUCUUCCACGUCUAUGGACAGAAAUCCUCGAUAUCAGUCGUUGCUCAACGGCCAUGAAAACUCGAUCGACCAUCCAAUCGAGAGUCGAGAGUGUUCCAUAGAAGCAAUUAACUCGCAAAUAAAGCAGAACGGACCGUGCGAAACAAUGAAGGCCAAGGUCCAGAAGAGAAGACCAAAAACGGCCAAAAAUAGAAUUCGAUUUCGUUUCAAUUAGUUUAUACUUAUCGCAUAGCAGUAUUGCACGAGACAUCUGACAUUUUAACGUCAUCUAUAUAUUCUUCAACUGUCAUCGAUCCCCAUUAUUCAUUUCCACACCGCUCAAACAUUUCAUAAAGACGUACACACGUAAAACGUCAAAACAAUUAUCAUUUAAAGAAUAUUGGAGAAUGGAAAUUCGUGGUACGGUUGAACAGUCUUCUUUGAUUUUAAUGAAAUUUCAUCGAGGACCGCGCAGCGGGUACGUCCAACAGAGAAAUGAAAGUAUAGAAAACACACAAUUUCCUGGACCAGGCUGAAAAAGUAAUUACAACAUAAUAGCCCGAGUUACAAUGUUUCAUCUCGUUUGUGUUAAGCUACGAUCCAACAGAGACACAUAAAAAUAUACAGGGUGUUCGUUGCCAAGAUUUUUAAAGCUUUCUAAAAAUUAUAAUAAUAAAAAUUUCCAAAAAGUUUUAUUUAAAAUGAUAAAAAAAGAUCAAAAUUAUAAUUUCUGAUAUCAAGAAAAGAUCUUGGAAUGAUUUUAAUUUAUUAUUAAUUUGAAUUGGUUUCAUAAGAUUCAUAUUAACUUGUUAAAAAUCAGACUUUUAAGAGAUUUAUCUAUAUAAUUAGUGAUUAUCUCAAGAUUAAUUAAAAUUUUGUUACCAAGAUUUUAUUUUUACAUAAAUCAAUUUUCUUACAAAGAAUAAAUUCUUCCUAGUUCAGUUAUAAUUUUGAGACACCCUAUAUAUACCCUAUACAUACAAUCAGACUGAAACAGAAGUACGGUGCAACACAAUCAACAAUCGAUUCGUGUGCCGACAUAUCGAGGCAUGGGGUACACGCAAUAUUGGAACAUAGAUUUCCUAUUUAGAUUUGUCGAAUGUUUCCUUCCACUAUUUUCCGGUACAGAAUCGGGGAACAGACAGAUUCGUUUCCGUACUCGUGGACGGAAUUAAGAGACGGGGUUUCAUAUUAUUUCGCGCGAGUGAAAUUUGUUGAAAUUUGUGUAAAGUUUGUUGAUAUACGAUGAUACAGAUGAUGAAUAUAAUUGGAAAGGAAAAUAAUUCUAUUUGAUUUUAGUUAUAUAUUAUUUUGAUUAGUUUAUAAUUACAUCGAUCCGUAUUGCUGUAAAUAAAUGGUGACUAUAUUCAAUUAUUUGUACAAUAUUAUAUUAAUAUUUGGUAAUUAAUAAUUACAAAACAAUCUGUUAUUUAUUGAAAAUAAUAAUUAUAAUAAUGAAUUUAUUUUUUUAAAGAUUAAUAAAAUUAAAGAUUAAAGACUUAUAAAAUUAAAUAAAAUUAGAAAACAAUCUGAUAUU